AUGGCACCUGCAAUGUGGCCCACAAGAACAUCCGGGGAGCAGGGCCGCUUCCUGCUGGACGUCUUCACCACCGUGGUGGACCUCAAGUGGCACUACACCCUCCUGAUCUUCACCAUGUCCUUCCUCUGCACCUGGCUCCUCUUCGGGAUGAUCUGGUGGCUCAUCGCCUUCGCCCACGGCGACCUGGACUACAACCAGGAGGACUUUGUGCCGUGCGUGACCAGCGUCCAGUCCUUCACCGCCGCCUUCCUCUUCUCCAUUGAGGUGCAGGUCACCAUCGGCUUUGGGGGGCGAAUGAUAACGGAGGAAUGCCCCUCCGCCAUCUUGGUCCUCAUCGUCCAGAACAUCGUUGGGUUGGUCAUCAAUGCCAUCAUGUUGGGUUGUAUCUUCAUGAAGACGGCGCAGGCCCACCGCCGAGCGGAGACCCUCAUCUUCAGCAAGCACGCCGUCAUCGGCCUGAGGAACGGUAAGCUCUGCUUCAUGUUCCGGGUGGGCGACCUGAGGAAGAGCAUGAUCAUCAGCGCCACCAUCCGCAUGCAGGUGGUCCGCAAGUCCAACAGCCUGGAGGGCGAAGUUCUGCCCCUCAACCAGAUCGAUAUCCAGAUGGAGAACCCCAUCAGCACCAACGGGAUAUUCCUGGUGUCACCUCUCAUCAUCUGCCACACCAUCACCAGGGACAGUCCCCUCUACGACAUCUCGUCCUCCGACCUCACCCACCAAGAGGACCUGGAGAUCGUCGUCAUCCUGGAAGGGGUGGUGGAGACCACCGGCAUCACAAACACAAGCCAGGACUUCCUACUUGGCCGACGAGAUCCUCUGGGGCCAACGCUUUGUCCCCAUUGUGGCCGAGGAAGACGGAAGGUACUCGGUGGACUACUCCAAGUUUGGUAA